ACCUACAAGUUAUUAAAGGUCGAUCUCGCCUUUACAAACCGUCCCGAUUAUCUGGACGGCACAGAAAUAGCAGAAUAAAAAACAAACAUGUUGCGAACGAUCCUUGUACGAAACCAAGUUUUGACCGAAAGCGUAAAAAAAGCUGUUCGGUGCAAUGUCACGAGAUGCCUUAGCACAGAAUUAGCCAGAAGGAAACAGACAAAUAAAUUAUUAUCUCCAUCACAAAAGCAGAUAUCUGCUCCUCAACAAUGGAGUAUACAAGUAAGGCAUUACUCAGACCUGCCUCCUCACAACAAAGUAAAUCUUCCGGCACUUUCACCAACUAUGGAAAAUGGUUCAAUUGUAAGCUGGGAAAAGAAGGAAGGAGACAAACUCAAUGAAGGUGACCUCCUCUGUGAAAUUGAAACUGACAAAGCGACCAUGGGUUUUGAGACCCCUGAAGAAGGUUAUUUGGCCAAGAUCCUUAUCCCGGCAGGCACUAAGGGUGUCCCAGUCGGUAAACUGUUGUGUAUUAUAGUCGAGAACCAGGCUGAUGUGGCCGCAUUUAAAGAUUUCAAGGAUGACUCGUCGGGAGCGCCAUCGAAGCCUACGCCAGCUAAGUCGAAAGCGGCCGCAGCCCCUCCCCCGGCCGCAGCAGCCGCACCGGCCCCACAAGCGGCACCUGCCGCACCUGCAGCGCCUGCUGCACCAGCUGCACCUGCGGCGCAACCCGCAGCCGACCAACAUAGCAGGAUCUAUGCCAGCCCCAUGGCCAGACGGUUGGCAGAGCUCAAGAACAUUCGGUUGGGUGGCCAAGGGUCUGGCAUAUACGGUUCGCUGAAGAGCGGUGACGUGGCAGGCGCGGCGGCGGCGGCUGCGGCGGCGCCCGCGCAGGCGCUCCCGCCGCCGCCCUCCGGCGCGACGUACGUGGACCUGCCGCUGUCCGGCAUGCGGGAGACCAUCGCCAAGCGUCUGACCGCCGCCAAGCAGACGAUACCGCACUACCAGCUGUCGGUCACCGUCAACGUGGAGAAGACGCUCGCGAUGCGCAAGCUGGUCAACGAUAGAUUGGCCGCUGAGAAGGCGGACGUCAAGGUAUCAGUGAACGACUUCAUAGUGAAGGCCGUAGCGGCGGCGUGCAAGCGCGUGCCCACCGCCAACUCGCACUGGAUGGACACAUUUAUUAGACAAUACUCGAACGUGGACGUGAGCGUGGCGGUGGCCACACCGAGCGGCCUGAUCACGCCGAUCCUGUUCAACGCGGACUCGCGCGGCGUCAUCGACCUGUCCAGAAACAUGAAGGAGCUCGCGCAGAAGGCGAAGGAGAGCAAGCUGCAGCCGCAGGAGUACCAGGGCGGUACGGUCACUGUCUCCAAUCUUGGAAUGUAUGGUAUUACAAUGUUCAACGCCAUCAUCAACCCUCCCCAGGCGUUGAUAUUGGCCUGCGGUGGCUUGCAAGAGAUUGUCAUCCCCGAUAAGAACGAACCACAAGGAUUCCGUCUGGCCAAAUUCAUAACAUUCACCGCGUCAGCCGACCACAGAGUGAUCGACGGAGCGGUCGGAGCGCAGUGGAUGAAGGCGCUCAAAGAAAACUUGGAAGACCCGGCGAAUAUGAUCCUAUAAACACUUCAUGGGACCUGGUUGAGCAACUUUCAAAAAAAAAAAAACACUAUGGCUAUAAUCUGUCAAAAACCAUAGACUAAUGUUUUGGGAAAAGAUUGUCUUUGGUGAUGGAUUUUUUGAAAUUAUUGUCUAUGGUGCGAUAGAUACAUUGUAAAUAGCUUUAUAUAGACUAUUUUAUAGCAAAUAAAGCUGAAUUUGGUGUGGGCAAAAGUAUCUGUAUAACACAUCAGAUAGUUUCCACUGCACUGCCCUUAAUGUAUAGUAAAAGUCUUUUGCAUAUUGUAUUGGAUUUUUGGAAAGGUUGCUCCAACGAGUUUCAUUGGUAUCGAUAUGUUUUAAUACAAUUUGUUACGGGACGCCUAGAUAAGCGUACAGUUUAAAAAAAACUUAGUAAUUAUAGUAUUUAUUUGACUCGAUCGAGUCUGUCCAUAGCAAAUUGCGUUGAAAUUGUGUAAACGUAUAUCCUUCUUCAUUGUUUCAUAUUUAUUUUAUUUUUUUAAGGAUCAUGAUGUGUAAGAGAUUAUCGUAUAUUAAUCAUAUUUAAGUAUAUUUUUUAAUCACCCUUUUGAAGGAUAUUUUUUUUAAGUAUGUUGUGGAAUAUCAAAUUCAACAGAUGCAGAUGUGCAUAACUGCCUAAUAUUUUUAAUUAUUUAUGUGUCGAAAUUCAUCAUUGCAUAUUCCUGUAGUCUAUAAGCGUCAUGUAUUUUUUAUUCUGUUAUUUUUUUGUGUCUUUUUUUUCAUAUAUGUUUUAUCUGCAUUUUAUAGUUAUAGUGAUAUAAUGAAUCUUUUUGUAGUGUUUUCUUUAUCAUGGAAAUAGCAAAUGUGAAUUAAAUUUACAGAAAAUGCAACAUCUGUGUAAAUAUUACGUUUGAAAUUAAAUAAAUGUUUUGUUACCAUCAAUGCUGUUGUGUUUUGAUGCUGAUAGGUGAUUUUAUGGACGUUAGCGGAAUAUAUUUUAUUUAUAAAUAAA